AUGUCGGAUGCGCCAGUGCUCAACGAUUACGUUUUCGGCAUCACCUGCGUGGUCAUUGCAGUAUGCCUUGAAAACCAAGGUCGGAUUAUGACGACAUUUAAGCGUUGGAAUACACCGCUAUUCUAUCUUUUGACGGUUCAAAAUGUGGGAACGUUCUUCCAUGCCUGGAUGUUUUUGAGAGUUUGGAACUUUGGUUACGUUGAAGAUGUCGCCUUCAACUUUUUCGACGGUUUUGCGUACAUAUUGAUGGUAAACCUUUCAGGAUGGAUCCACUAUGAUCGAUUGAAAAUGCUAUUCUAUCGAUCAUUCUUCCUUGAUCCUGCAUUCCCAUUUUUGCUCAUCUUGGAAUUCGCGGUUCUUUCUGUUGAUACGGGCUUAUUCCAAGGAUUGUACAAAGGAAAGAUCUCUCCUGAUGUCACUUCUGUCAGUGGUCCCGUCACUGCAUUCUAUUAUAUUGUCCUCGAGGUGCUUAUGGGUAUCCGUCUUAUUUACAACUUGAUGAAAACGACCGGGGCUCGGGACUUUACCAGCUUCAUUAAUGAGUGCAAGCUGUCUGUUUUGUUCUUCCUCUGCACGGAUUUGAUCUACAUCAUUACCAUGUUUACCGCGUCCCCUGGUAUCUUUGUCUCUGUUAAAACAUUGUGCUAUGCAUUGAAGCUCAAGUAUACGCUUCUGAUGUAUGACGAUGUCAAAACACAGAUCAUCCAGAAAAACAAAAGCUCUCAGAAGAGUGGCUCGAACCACGGAAAAGCAUCUGACAUACCUAGCGCUACGAAUGUUAUUAACACCACGUCAAUGUGUUGAGUGUAGCGGGUCUCUUAGCGUGCGACUCGCUGCACGCGAUAGGUUAUAUACCAUCAUAGUAUACAAUCGUUAUUGAAAUUGGUGCUACAACUAGAUUUCCGACAAUAAACAAAUACGUACAAUUCA